AUGUGGAAAAUAGACGGCGAAGAGAUCUCCGAUGCGAAAGCCGGCAGAAGGAGCUUGGAACACAAUUUCGCAUCCAAACACUCUCAGGAGGUGCUUAACCUCGACGUCGACGACCCGGACACUGGAUUGAGCACGGAGGAGAGAGCAGUGGUUGAUAGGCAGUUGGUGCGAAAGCUGGAUAAACACCUGAUUCCGUGGCUCAGUUUCCUCUACCUCCUUAGCUUCUUGGACCGGACAAACAUCGGAAAUGCGAAGCUAGAUGGACUACAGACCGCUCUCAGGUUGACGAAUACUCAAUACAAUGCGACUCUCACCAUUUUCUUCGUCUCUUACUCGACACUCGAGCCACUCACCAACGUUUUGCUCAAGAAGUGGAAACCAAGUGUCUUCAUCCCCCUGAUAAUGGUGGCUUGGGGGAUUUGCAUGACAUGUAUGGGUUUAGUCCGCAAUUUCUCCGGUCUCAUGGCCGCGCGAUGGUUCUUGGGAGCUGCUGAGUCUGGUCUAUUCCCUGGUGUAGGAUACUUACUGUCCUGUUGGUACAAGCGAUCUGAAUUUGGCAUUCGGAUGGCUAUUUUCUUUUCCGCGGCGGCGUUUGCUGGCUCGUUUGGCGGUCUGCUUGCGGCGGCUAUCGCCCAAAUGGAUGGUGUUGGCGGGAAGCCUGGCUGGGCGUGGAUUUUCAUCUUGGAAGGCCUGUUCACAGUUGUCAUUGGCAUUAUUUCAUUCUGGGUUGUCCAGGAUUUCCCAGACCAGGCAACUUUCUUGACAGAGGCCGACCGCAAGCGGGUGAUCCGUCGUCUGGCCGCCGACAAACAAUCCAGCGCCGCACACGAGGAAUUCAAAGCAGAGUAUAUCUGGGCCAGUGUAAAGGACUGGAAAAUGUAUACGUCAGCCAUGAUAUACAUGGGUUGUAAUGGGUCCCUUUAUGCAUUCUCGCUUUUUGUCCCGACGAUUAUCUUUGAGUUAGGUAAAUGUGACUCCUGUCGAUUCAAAAUAAAGAAAGAGAGACAAAAAAAAAGAAGUUACUCCUCCACUAUGGCUCAGCUUCUCACCGUUCCGCCAUACGCUGUUGCGGCAUGCUUAACUAUUACUGUGGGAUAUAUCGCGGAUCGCACUCGUAAGCGGGGCAUUUACAACAUGGCUAUAUCCUUAUGUGGUAUUACAGGGUUCACUAUGCUCCUCGCUUCCCAAAGACCAGCGGUGAAGUACGUUGGAACGUUCUUCGGCGCAAUGGGCAUUUACCCCGCAAUCCCAAAUACCAUUGCAUGGAUAAGCAAUAAUGUUGAAGGCGUCUACAAGCGUGGUAUAAUACUUGGUUUUGUUAUUGGAUGGGGGAAUAUUCAGGGCUGUAUAACAUCGAACAUAUAUCGAGGAGAAGAUAGACCGAGAUUCUACCCGGGGCACGCUACUGUACUCGCAUAUCUAGUCAUAUUUUUACUAGGCGGGAGUGUUUUACAGUAUACCCUCCUUCGCAAAGAGAACAGGAAGAGGCUGCGUGGGGAGAGGAACUAUUGGGUGGAAGGGCUUGAUCCGACGCAGGUGGGGAUGAGAGGGGAUAAGCGGCCAGAUUUUCUAUACACUCUUUGA